AUGAGGUAUAAGUUGUUUAAACGCGGACUUCGUUUCGCUAAAGAUAGUUUCUCGAAAAUGGCUUUUAUGGAGUCUCCAGCGAGGGCUGCAUUGUGCUGCGAGGAGACGCAGCAAGGUGCUCCACCAACGUAUGCCAUGUACGAGGCAUUGAAAGACUCGUGCCAAAACAACGCAACCUACUUCCAACCGGACGACAGUGAAAAUGGCCAGAGAUUGUACCAAGGCUUCAUGACUCUGAUGGAUCAUGUUGACACUGUGUGGCCUUUGGUGGAUCAUGUGAGGAAGGUGGCUCCACAGUACGAUUUCGAUGCCAAGUCACCAGGCAAUGGAUACCGAAGUUUCGUCUCAGUAGUGGACUCUUGUGUUCUACAUGGCUUGAAGCUCAGCAGACAAGUGAACACAAGCAGAGAUGCGCUACUGUUUCGAAAAGGACACUUUGUUAAGGAAAUAGAGUCAUGUGGCCAGCUCCUUGCUUCGCUCGGAACAUGUCUUCAUCAUCUCCACACACUAUUGUCUUGGGCGCCUCCAGGAGAACUUUUUCCCACAGAGCCUCACACUCCUGAGGAGUUGUUUGCGCAAGCAGACACUAUCAACCAGUAUUGUUUCUAUGGACGAUGUCUUGGUUUCCAGUUCUUACCGUCAAUGCGUGGAAUACUAAAAGGCAUAUCAAUAUGCAUGGCGGGAUUCUCCGAGGCCUACUACUGCCACGGCAACCUGAUCAGUUCUGUGUGGACUGGAGGCCAGUAUCUUAUAGAUCCGGAGAUGAGGGCCAGGCGUAUUGUCAACAUAUCGCAUUCGGCGAGUAUUGAAUUCUGCAAGGCGUUCUGGUUUUUGGCUGAGAGUGAAAUAAUGAAAAGGGUACCGAGCCUAAUGUCUUCGACAGUUGCUGUAAACAAACUGAUCACUAUUCCUCCGGAACCCGUGACGGUGACUACGAUAGAUGGCAAAGAAACAACAAUAUUGCCUCCGACAGUGCACAUUGGACUACAGGGAUUGAAUGUUAGACUCAUUAGUGUAAACAAGAGAGGUGGCAUGGCAGGCGAAGGCACAUCCUCAAUACCACCGUCCGACGGUGUCUUAUUUCACUGCCACGGUGGUGGUUUUGUGGCACAAAGUUCAAAGUCCCAUGAGACUUACCUCCGAGACUGGGCCGCGAAACUCAACGUUCCUAUACUAUCUGUAGACUACAGCCUAGCGCCACAAGCACCCUUCCCGAGAGCAUUAGAAGAAGUAUUCUACGCCUAUUGCUGGAUGUUGACACAUUUUGAUGAAAUUGGCACCACUGGUAAACGCAUAGUAUUCGCCGGUGAUUCGGCUGGGGCAAACCUGGUGGCAGCUUGCACUUUGAAGAUUUUGUCAGCGGGUCUCAGACAGCCGGAAGGAAUGUUCUUGGCUUAUGCCCCGCUAAUGAUCAGCUUCGUACCCAGCCCUGCGCGAUUAUUGUGUCUGAUGGAUCCGGUGUUGCCUUUUGGUUUUAUGAUGAGGUGUCUGAAAGCCUACGCGAGUCCAAACUCAGGCGGCAAGGGCAGUAAAGAUGACAAAAAAUAUCAGAACAAUCUAAACACUACAUCAAACGCCACCACUCCCAAUGAGAGCAAUGGCUUCCUUCGAGUUAGUCCUUCCCAAGAAGGCAUAAGUGAAGGUCCAUCAUCGUUUGAAGAAGUCUCACCUUCAGAUUUAGCGGAACUUCAAGCACAUAAAUCGGGAAGCGAACGGCGCAAGUCUUCCGACACCACCAUCAGCGCAGCGUCUCUGCAGAGUGAACACACUGCCACAGGUGUGACGCCACUAGAAGACCAUUCUCAAAAGUAUGUAUCAGAUUUUCUUGAACGGUAUGUACUGGAUAGCGACACGGACUCGGAAGGCCGCAGAAUGCCCGUCAUCAAACCUGUCAAAACAAAGGACGAAUCGCAUAAGAAGGCGGAAUCGGAAAACUCAAGUACAUUAGUAGGAGAGCCACCGUUAGUUGAAGAUGACUUUGGCAAAGAAAAUAAGAAGAAGAUUAAAACAAGGAUAACUGAAGCAGCAUCUGGUUUCAUGGGUGCAAUGUCAUCGAAAUUGGCGUAUAUCACUGGCUCUAACACAAUUUCUAGGCCACCGCAAGAUGAUCUAGCAGCGCGCACGAACCUUGACGCUUUGAUAGCGCGCUCUCCGUCCGACGAGUUCAUAUUCUCCGUGCCGAGGGACCCCCUCCUCUCCCCCUACUGGGCUGAUGACGAGCUGCUGAAAAGGUUCCCGCCUGUUAGAAUACUGACAGUGCACUUGGACCCUUGCCUGGACGACUGUGUAAUGUUUGCGAAGAAACUUAAGAAACUGGGCAACAUAGUCGGUAUUGAGGUGUUGGAGGGCCUUCCUCAUGGCUUCCUCAAUUUCUCACUCAUGGCCAAAGAAGCGAACGAAGGAUCAAAACUGUGCAUUGAACGAAUAACACAAUUACUCGAUUUAGAAAACAACACUAGUUCAAGAGAGAACAAUGAUUUAUGA